AUGGAAGAAGACGAAGAUAAUAUGUCUCCACCUUUCUGGCUCCGGCAGCAACCCAACACUCCCCGGCGCCGCCUCCGCCGCUCCACCUCCUCCCUCCUCUUCAGCUCCGGCGCCUUCAUCCUCCUCCUCCUCGCCGUAGCUCUUGCCUUCAUAUUUAUCAUAGUCCCAUCUGUGCAUUCCUUUACUUCUCAGAUAUUCAGACCCAACAUGGUGAAGAAGAGCUGGGACUCCCUCAACUUUGUCCUCGUCCUCUUUGCCAUUGUCUGCGGCUUCCUCGGCAGAAACACCGCCGGUAACGACGACGACGGCGAUGGCAGCGGCGUUCCGGCUACUGCUGCUGCUGCUCAGCCGCAAGAGGUGGUCAAAUCAAUCCCGUCCACGCCGCGUCAGUGGUACGAGUAUUCAGAUCCGACGGUGUACAAUGAUCGUGUUGUUAACAGAGUGGGCUCCAUGAGAAGCAGCAGCUCGUACCCUGAUCUCCGACAAGACUCCGAGUGGAUCGCCAGAGAUGACCGGUGGCGAUUCUACGACGAUACCCACGUCAGCAACUACCGGGUUCCGGACUCCGAUCGGGUCCGGCAACACCGCCGUCGGGCGUCCUGGCACGAAGCAUAUGAUGCGAGUAGCACCAAGAAUAUUCCGGUGGACACUUAUGUGAUCCGUACGGAACAAGCUUCUCCAUCAUCUACACCAACAUCCGAGGAGUCUGUUGUUCUGCCGCCGGUAUCGUCGCCUUCUCCGCCGUUAUCUCCGCCGCGGAAGUCGAAGAGGACGUACCAAGCUGUUGGGGAGAAAGAGAGCAGAAAUGAUGAUUCGGAUGUGAAGAGUAAUUUCCGACAGCCAGCGCCUGUACCGGCUUUACAAUCGGCGGCGUUGCCGGAAUAUGAAGAAGGGGAGAAAAAGAGAGGGAAGAAUGUGAAGAAGAGAGGAGUUGCCACUACUAAAGAGUUCUUGAUAACUUCACUGAGGAGGAAGAAGAAGCAGAGACAAAAGAGUGUCGAAAAUUUCGAAACUCUACUCAACUCUGCUGCGGCUUCUUCUUCAAUGCCUCUACAUCCUCCGCCGCCUCCGCCACCCCCACCGCCGCCUCCACCGUCAGUCUUCCACAGCUUGUUUCAAUCAAAGAAACCAAAACCCAAAAAAUCUCAUCACUCAAAUUCACAGCAACCACCGCCGCCGGCGGUCACUUCCGCCACUCGACUUUCGAGGACCAAGGCCCAAGUCAGCCCCAUGAUGACGGCCCAGAAGCCGCCAUUGCCGGUCAAGGUGAAGAGCUCCAACAUUAUAGAAGAUGAUAAUGCAAACAGCGGAGGGGACUCACCACUAAUGUCACGCAUUCCUCCGCCGCCGCCAUUGCCGCCGUUCAGAAUGCCGGAGCUGAAGUAUGCGGUGCACGGCGAUUUUGUUAGAAUCAAAAGCAACAGCUCAAGAAGUGGGUCGCCGGAUUUAGAUGAUGGAGGUGAGGAUUCGCCGACCAGUGAGACUAGCCCAUUGAGUGGAAAUGAAUCGCCGGCGAGACCCACAUUCUGUCCGAGCCCAGAUGUGAACACGAAAGCUGAUACCUUCAUUGCGAGGUUCAGAGCUGGUCUGAGGUUGGAGAAGAUCAACUCUGUGAAUGAGAGGAGGUCUAAUUUGGGCCCGGAUUCGAGGGAAGGAUGA